AUGGAUAUUGUACUCGAGCAAGUUGUGGCCUCCCCCGAAGAAAGAAAAGAGUUAGCAUAUUUUAAAAGACUCUACUAUGAUCUUUAUGUAAAGGAUAAUCAGUUGUCUCUCAGUGAAACAACAUGGAAUUCUCUAAAACCUAGAGCUCUCAAAAGAAAGCAUGAUCAGAAACAGGAAGAAAGUUCCAUUCUAAAGAAAAAGAAGCAAGACAAGGAUGAUCCAACAACGAAAGGAUACAAAGUGAAUCUGAUCAAGUUGUUUGAUUCUGGCUUGCUUAAAGAGGGAGACUCUCUUGUUUACAAGAAUGAUGGAAUAGUUGUGAAAAUGAAAAUAGGAAACAGAGGGACUGUUACAUUCACAGAUCCAAAAACAAACAAAACUGAGGUGCUGUCUCAUUUGAAACCUCUCACAAGAAAGAUUGAGGAGUCGUAUUCUGUUACACGCAAGCCCAAGAUGUGGAACGCGUUUUUCAAAGUCGAAGAGGUAAACAAUCGAGUAGUAGAAACGAGACUGAAAGAAUUACGAGAACAAUAUUUACGUCAACUGAACAAGCCUGUUGAUCAUGACUCACAUGGUCAGGCCUUAAACGAACAAAAAAUAUGUAGUCCAAGAAACAUGCGUGUUACAAUAGGGGAUCUUUUUAAAGCAGGUUUUUUAGCACAAGCUGAUGAAAUUGUGUAUAAAGGCUCUCGCCACUUUCAUGCCACAAUUUCUGAUGGAAGAAUUAAAUACAAGGACCCUGUAACUUGCACCUUUGAGUAUUUUGAAACGGUGACGACUUUCAAAUCUCACAUUAAGGAGUCUGGAAAUGCUUGGGCAUGUAUUUUCAUAAGAAAGGACAACCAAGAAGUUUGCCUACAGUCGCUACGAGAUGCUUAUGUUGAUAAAAAGAAGUAA